UACGUGUGCCUGAUUUAGCAUUUUUCAGUGUGAACACAGGAGUGAUCGUGUCAUUGUUUCUUUGAUUGUUGUGUGGUGGUUCAAAGGCUGGUGUUUUGUAAUUGCUUUACUGGAUAUGGAAACACAAGAAACGAUCUUCCAGUUGAGGAAAAUGAAGGCCAGGUGAGGAGUCAAGCAUCCAGUAUGAUUCUCCCGCUGCCAUCUUGCCUGUGUCCCAUUCUCCUACUUAUAGUGGGCUCCAUCCUGUCCGGCUCUGCCUCAGGUUGUCCCCAACGCUGUGAUUGCUCCCCCCAGGACCGCUCUGUCUUGUGCCACCGCAAGCGCCACAUCUCUGUCCCUGAAGGUGUACCUACUGAUACACGACUCUUGGAUUUAAGCAAGAAUCGUAUUAAAACUAUCAAUCAGGAUGAAUUUUCCUCUUUUCCUUACUUAGAAGAAUUGGAACUAAAUGAAAACAUUGUGAGUGUCAUUGAGCCAGGAGCCUUUAGUGGGCUUUCCAACCUGCGUUCUUUGGGGUUGCGGAGUAACCGCCUCAAGCUCAUUCCUCUCGGUGUUUUCACAGGGCUAAGUAAUCUCACCCGGCUUGAUAUUAGUGAAAACAAAAUUGUCAUCCUUUUAGAUGAUAUGUUCCAAGACUUAUACAACCUGAAGUCCCUGGAAGUUGGCGAUAAUGAUUUGGUCUACAUCUCCCAUCGUGCCUUCCGUGGGCUUAACAGCCUGGAAGAGCUGACACUGGAGAAGUGCAACCUCACUACAGUGCCCACAGAAGCUCUGUCCCAUCUCCAUGGACUUAUAUCCCUGAGACUCCGGUACCUCAACAUCAAUGUUAUCCGAGACUACUCAUUUAAAAGGCUAGAUCGUCUCAAAGUUCUGGAGGUCGCACACUGGCCAUAUUUGGAUACUAUGACCUCAAAUAGCCUUCAUGGGCUCAACUUAACAUCUCUCUCUAUCACAUACAGCAAUCUGACUGCCAUACCCUAUGUAGCCAUUCGACAUCUUGUUUAUCUCCGCUUCCUCAAUCUUUCCUACAAUCCUAUCACUGCUGUGGAGGGCUCCAUGUUGCAUGAGUUGCUCAGACUUCAGGAGUUUCACCUAGUGGGUGGACAGCUGUCUGUGGUUGAACCCUAUGCAUUCCGAGGUCUUAACCAUUUGCGAAUACUUAACGUCUCUUCCAACUUACUUAGCACACUAGAGGAAUCCUCCUUCCAUUCUGUGGGUAACCUGGAGACUCUUAUAUUAGACCGCAAUCCAUUGGCUUGUGACUGCCGCCUUCUGUGGAUCUUCCGUCGACGCUGGCGACUGAACUUCAACAAACAACAACCUUCCUGUGCUAGCCCAGAAUAUGUGCAAGGAAAGGAGUUUAAAGACUUCCCUGAUGUGUUACAGCCAAAUUACUUCACAUGUAGACGUGCUCGCAUACAGGACCGUAGUGCACAGGUGAUACAUGUCGAUGAAGGACUCACAGUACAUUUCUACUGUAGGGCUGAUGGGGACCCACCUCCUGCUAUCCUUUGGCAGUCUCCUCGCAAGACUUUCAUCACCAGCAAAAGCAACGGGCGGCUCACUGUAUUUCCAGAUGGAACUCUAGAGGUGCGAUAUGCCCAAAUACAAGACAAUGGGACGUAUCAUUGUGUAGCAAGCAAUGCAGGCGGCAAUGAUACCUCUGUGGCACAUCUCCAUGUACGUAGCUACUCACCUGAUUGGCCUCAUCAACCGAACAAGACCUUUGCCUUCAUCUCAAACCAGCCAAAUGAAAGUGAUGUCAAUAGCACACGUGCAAGCGUCCCCUUCCCGUUUGAUAUUAAGACGCUGAUCAUUGCCACUACUAUGGGCUUCAUUUCUUUCUUGGGGGUUGUCCUUUUCUGCUUGGUUCUGCUUUUCCUUUGGAGCAGGGGCAAAGGUAACACCAAACACAACAUUGAGAUAGAAUAUGUACCUCGAAAGUCUGAUGCUGGACUCUCCUCAGCAGAUGCUCCCCGUAAGUUCAACAUGAAGAUGAUCUGAGGGGGAGCAGAGGGGAAGGCAGAAUAGGGGGGUAAUAGGGGCAGAUAGUGGAAUGCACAAAGCCCAUUUUUACCCUAGAUUUUCUGCUCAGUCCUUCAAGUUCAAGCAAUCUGACAGGGAUUCUUUAAUCUUAUGUUGUUGACUCACAGACUGUCAAUUUUGGGAAUGACCUUUGCACUUUUGACCCUGUGAAUUUAACUUCCCCAAACUGCUCCAGAUCUGAAACUGCCCAUCUGGCUCAAACCCUGAUAUUUAUAUGGGAGGAUAGCAGGUGGGGUGGAUGGGUGAAAUAAGGCAACUGGAAAAUGGAGACUUUGGAACAGCCCCCGUAUGAAGGAGAAGGAAUCUGAGGGGCUCUUGGGAGGCAGAGAAAUAGUCUAAUAUUGAACUUUGUCCUCUUUAUCUUCUCCCAAUUUCAAUACCUGUGAUUUUUAUGAAAAAAAUAAAGAAGAAUAUUACUGAAAAAAUAAAAAAACUAGAAAACUCCAAAGAA